AUGGGAAAGCUAGGAAUGGCGUUGACGAACAUAAUGUCAUUGACGUUUAUUUUGGGAAUCCUUGCAACAGCAUUGCCAAAAACUGAAGGAUUACCCAAAAUAGCAAUCUAUGUGAUGGGAAAUCUAUUAAUUAUGGUCUUCGCGCUUACUGCCACCGUCAUUAUACCGUACCUAAAAGCGUUCCUCAUUCGUCGCAAUGGUGUAAUUGACAAAGAGAGCAGAAAGAGGAAACUGGAAGAGAACAAACUAUACCGAAUGGUCGAAUACGGGUUAUUCUUGCUUUUUGAAAUUGCAAAUCUUGUCAAUUUUAUAAUACUCAUUGCUUAA